UUCACGCUGAAACAAAGCUGCCUACGACGAAUUCAGCUGCUAGCGAUGCGACCCCCGUUACCGUUCAAAAAGCCUAGAUGCCGCGCGCAACAGGGACCCGCUUUCGUUUUUGUGGAUACCGCCGACAGUUUACGGCAUGGACCGCAGGACAAAGAUGUAAGGGUCAUUAUCAGACGACAAGCUGCAAGGUCGGGCUGCAGACGCCGUCGGGACGGAAGCACGAGUGAAAGGAGCCUUGAUAAUGCCGAGUCCAAGGAUGUAUUGGUCCCCGUUGGAGCCGGUCCCACCGGCCUCGUACUGGUCACGCAGGACAAGGGGUGGCCGCCUAUGAUCCUAGCCAAUGUCCCACACCCUGCACCUGUACCGCAGCCAUCGUAUAAUGGAUACGAGACGCUCAGGGUUAGGUACAACUUUGACGUUACCGACCUGACCAGUUUCACGGAUGUAGACCUCGGCAAGACUGCCUAUCUUUUGCUAAGAGACCAACCGACCCGCCUCAUUAGCCUUUUGCAGAAGAGGUCAUCGUCCUUUUUGUCCCACCUUCCUAGUCGUUAUGGAUCUAGCCAAUGCUUGGAUGAUGCUAUCCAUUGUGUGGCUGCUCGAGCGGGUCAAAUGCUUGGCUUCCCAAUCACUGCAUCAACACUGCCUGCAUUAUAUGUAAAGGCCCUGAACAGUCUUCAAGCUGCCAUUGAGGAUAAAACACGGUACCUAGGAGCUGAUGUCUAUUGUGCAACGCGGCUUUUAGCCAUCUACGAGUUAAUCGGCCUUCCUGAUGCAAAUCACUGGAUCCACCAUAACCGGGGCGGAAUCAAACUAGUUGAGCUUAGAGGACCCGAGAACCAUAAAUCUGAGUUUGACUGGUUGCUUCUAAGAAGCCAAGGUCCAUCUAUUUUGGUAGAUGAGAUGUAUAGGAAACACGCCUCAAUAUUUGAAAGUUCGGGGUGGCAAUGCUUCUUCGCACAUGCAUCUAAGACGGAAACAGACUCAGAUUCCAGUCUCUGGUGGGAAUUCUUCGGAGCAAUCAGCUUUAUGCCGGGUAUAUUAAGAGACAUGAGGGUUUUGUUCGACAGUACAUUACCUCAGUCUGAAUACCUAGCCCAGAGUUGGGAUAUUCUUGAGCGAACGAACAAAAUGCACAACUCGUUGCACGACAGUCACCUCCGCUACCAACAGAGGCCGCCAUAUCCAGCGUCUCUGUUCGACCUCCCAGUCUGCGCCGAAUCAACUGUUCGGGUCAGACUUCGUGGAUUUCUGCUAUACGUUAUCAUGUAUAUAAGCCGCGUUACAGCGACACUAUCUACGAACCAGACAGAGUGUAUUGCUAGCGAAGCAGAGGCACAGACCUUUGCGGCACAGGCUCUGCUCACGGAGAAAAUGACUGCUCAACUGGAUCCCACCAUGACUUGGCAUUUGGAGCAAAGAAAUGCCCUUGCUCAUUCCAUCAUACAAACUAGAGACAUCUGGGCAUCUCCUAUAGCGUAUAACAUGCCAUGGGAAGAACGAAAAUACUACGUGGCCCAACGGUGGUUACAGUGGGAGGACUCGUGGAGAGAUGGAGUUUUGACUGUGGAGCUAGAAGAAGCGUGGGGGGAAGUAUGA